AUGGCCAAGCUACCUCAACAACUUCAAGCUAUGCAAACUAAUGCCCCUCCUAUGCAACAAGUUUUAUCGUGUGAUUUUUGUGGAGGUGACCACCCUAAUGGUUAUUGUGCCGAAUCAUCUAAUUCCCAAGGUGAAGAAGUGAAUUAUAUGGGAAAGCAAGGGCGGCAAAAUUUCUCUCAACACCCGUAUCUGCAAAAUUCAAAUCAGGGGUGGAGAAAUAACUAUGGUGGAAACAAACAAGAUAUGAAUGCUUCAUCAAGUAGCAAGCCUCCACAUCAACACCAACACCCAUCUUUAUAUGAGAGAACCACCAAGUUGGAAGACACACUGCAAAAAUUCAUGCAAUUGUCUAUGUCCAACCAAAAGAACAUUGAUGCUUCAAUUAAAAAUCUGGAGAUACAAGUGGGGCAAAUAGCAAAGCAGCUAGCAGAGCAGCAAAAAGGUUCUUUCUCAGCCAACACCGAGCAAAGCCCGAAGGGGCACUUGAAUGUAGUAUCUACAAGGAGUGGUCGGGAAUUUGUGGUGAAGGAGAGUGAGAAGAAGAAUGAGAGCGAAGAAAAAAAUGACAUGGGUGUAGAAGAUGAUGCUAGUGUUGAUGAGGAGAUCAUCUUAGAGGGCCCAAGAGUAUGGAGAAGGAGUGAAGGAAGAGCUCCUCACCAAAAAGAGGAAUACUUUGAAGAGGAGACCAUUACAUUGGAGGCGGGGUGUAGUGCUAUUAUUCAGAAGAUGUUGCCAACUAAAUCCAAGGACCCUGGUAGUUUCACUCUUCCGGUCACUAUUGGAAGUUUAGCUAUCGGGAAGGCUUUACUUGAUUUAGGGGCUAGCAUCAAUCUUAUGCCCUUAUCUAUGCUUCAGAGGAUUGGUGAUUUGGAGGUGAAGCCCACUCGCAUGACUUUGUAG